AUGGGUUUGUUCAGUAAGGUUAAGGAAGUCGUCAGCAACAAGAGCAGCGGCGGCGACCUUGUUGACAAGGCUGAAAGCGUAGCUGGUAAGGACAAAGUAGAGAAGGCUAGAAAGACUGUUGGUGAUGACAAGUUCAGCAAGGGUGAGGACUUUAUCCGUAACAAGUUGAAUAACACUCACCUAGAUGAUGACAAAAAGGGAGGUAAGAGUGGUAAGAAUGGCGACUCCUACGGUGGUGGUGACGCCUAUGGUUCCUCUGGUAAGAACAAGGGCAGCUCCUAUGGUGAUGACUCUUACGGUGGCAGCUCCUCUGGUAAGAACAAGAGCAGCUACGGUGACGACUCCUACGGUGGUGGUGACACCUACGGUGGUAGUUCCUCCGGUAAGGGUAAGAGCUCCUACGGUGACGAUUCUUACGGCGGAGGCGACACAUAUGGUUCCUCCGGCAAGGGAGACACCUACGGCUCUUCCGGUAAAGGUAAGAGCUCCUACGGUGACGACUCCUACGGUGGUAGUUCAUCCGGUAAGGGUGACACCUAUGGCUCCUCCGGUAAGAACAAGAGCAGCUACGGUGACGACUCUUACGGUGGUGGUGACACCUACGGUUCCUCCGGUAAGGGUAAGAGCUCAUACGGUGAUGACUCCUACGGUGGUAGCAACGCAUAUGGUUCCUCCGGCAAGGGCGACACCUAUGGCUCCUCCGAUAAGGGCAAGAGCUCCUAUGGUGACGAUACCUACGGUGGUAGUUCCUCCGGUAAAGGCAAGAGCAGCUACGGUGACGACUCUUACGGUGGUGACACUUACGGUUCCUCCGGUAAGGGCGACACCUAUGGCUCCUCUGGUAAGAACAAGAGCAGCUACGGUGACGACUCUUACGGUGGUGGUGACACUUACGGUUCCUCCGGUAAGGGCGACACCUAUGGUUCGUCCGGUAAAGGCAAGAGCUCAUACGGUGAUGACUCCUACGGUGGUAGCAACACAUACGGUUCCUCCGGUAAGGGCGACACCUACGGCUCCUCUGGUAAGAACAAGAGCAGCUACGGUGACGAUUCUUACGGUGGUGGUGACACAUACGGUUCCUCCGGUAAGGGAGACACCUACGGCUCCUCCGGUAAAGGCAAGAGCUCUUAUGGCGAUGACUCCUACGGUGGUGGCGACGCAUUCGGUUCCUCCGGUAAGGGUAAGAGCUCAUACGGUGACGACUCCUACGGUGGUGGCGACGCAUUCGGUUCCUCCGGUAAGGGUAAGAGCUCAUACGGUGACGACUCCUACGGUGGUGGCGACACAUUCGGUUCCUCCGGUAAGGGUAAGAGCUCAUACGGCGACGACUCCUACGGUGGUAGUAACACCUAUGGUUCUUCCGGUAAAGGCAAGAGCAGUUAUGGCGAUGAUGACAACCUUGGUUCCACUGGCGGCUACGGUGGUGGUAGUGACAACUACGGCGGUAGCGGCGGCUAUGGCUCCUCUGGUAGGGGUGGUGGCAGCAACUGGUGA